CUCACUUCCCAUUUUUUUUGCGUGGUAAAAGGGGGAAGUCGAAACGACGUGUGGUAGGGGAAUUGAAUAUCGUGAAUCGUCAGUGACACAGGAGACUCAAUCCUUCAUAAGUGACAACAGUUAAAUUUAACUAUGAAAAUGGAAAUUUUUUAAAAAACUACAAUUAUCAAUACGCCUGUUAACGAAGGUGUUGUAAAGGUAGUUAAUAUUUGUGCUCUUCGUAGAAACUGUGAUGUGGUGCGUGUGAAAAAAUUGGAGUAUCUAUAGCCUUUUCAUGUAAAAUGUCGUUGCACUCGACGAUUCAGUAUUUAACCAAAAAAAAUUUACUGAGAAAUAGGUGAAAAGAUGGAAGAUGAUGCUGACCUCAGGGAGCAAUUAUUCCACAAUACUGUCAGGGAAAAUAUUAUUUUUCUUCUUCUAUUUCUUUUGUUGUACAUCUCCAGUUAUGCUUUCAUCGCCAGAUUCAGACGUAGAGAUCGAGAAGACUAUUUUUCAGUAGAUGAAGAUGAGGCGACAGUUUAUAGAAUUAGCCUCUGGCUAUGCACUGUUGCCCUAACAGUGUCAGUUGGUGCAGCAUUACUUUUACCAGUUUCUAUCGCCAGUAAUGAAGUUCUCAUACUUUAUCCAAAUAGUUACUAUGUCAAAUGGCUCAACAGCUCUCUUAUACAAGGCCUCUGGAAUCAUGUGUUCCUUUUCUCGAACCUCUCUUUGUUCGUCUUUCUACCAUUCGCAUAUCUUUUUACGGAAUCUGAAGGAUUUGUUGGAUACAAAAAGGGAGUUAUGGCCAGAGUUUAUGAGACCGUGACGGUAUUAUGUCUGCUUGGAACCCUAGUUCUUGGUAUGACAUAUGUGCUAUCGGCACUCAUUGAUUACCAACAAUCGAGCCUCCACACAUUACUCAAUUUAUGGAGUUACUAUUUACCGUUUUUAUAUUCCUGCGUCUCAUUCGUCGGCGUUGUCAUGUUGUUACUGUGUACACCAGUGGGAUUUGUACGACUUUUUGGUGUUGUUGGAUCUUGUCUUGUUAAGCCACAAUUCUUAAAAAAUUUAGAUGAAGAAUUCUUUGCCUAUCGACUGGAGGAAGACUGCAUAAAAAGACGCCUUGAGCAUGCGCAAGCCACAGGCAAAUCCUACGUUUCACCAAUGCCAAUGUCACCACCAUCGUGCAACGUUGUACCUGACGAUGAUGAACAACUUCUUGUUCCAAAUCCAAGCUUACUGUGCCUCAAGAAUGGGGCUCUUCAACGCGGCCUUACCCAAAGACUAAACGAUGUACAGACACGUAGUAAACUACUCGAUAAACAGAGAAGAACUUGGUGGGUUAGACGAACUCUUGUAUAUCCAUUGGCGAUGCUGGCUCUCUUGAUUUUGUCAACGACAACUGCCCUGUUGGCAGUGCAAAAUACAUUGGAAUUGCUCAUUGGAAUUAAGGCACUUCCAUUGAGUACAAGGCAAUUUACGCUGGGAAUCAGCUCUCUGUCAAAACUCGGACCAAUUGGUGCUGCGGUUGAAGUGGUUGUGAUUCUAUACUUGGCAGCCACAAGUGCCAUUGGCUUAUACGGACUUCCUGGUGUGAGGAGAGUUAGGCCACGUAUUCAUUCAACCCCUCUUACGCAUCUGAUUGCUAAUUGCGCCCUUCUGUUGGUCCUCAGCUCGGCCUUGCCGCUUUUGUCCCGUAUAUUAGGAAUGACAAAUUUUGAUUUAUUGGGUGAUUUUGGACGCAUCGAGUGGCUCGGUAAUUUCAAACUUGUUUUAUUUUACAAUCUUAUAUUUGCAAUAGCUGCUAUUGCAUGCCUUGCCACGAAGUUUACGGCGACUGUGAGAAAGGAAAUUUACACGAGACUUCAUACCAGCAUAAUUGGUAUAUUCAGGUUGGAUGGCAAAAUAAGCCAAGUGGGGCCAUUCUCUACUAAAGAAGACUAGACUGAUAUUAUAAUUAUAAGGAGAUAAUCGUUUUCAAAUAAAUUAAUCAAUAAAACAAUAGGAAAAUGUAAAGAAAGGUCAUUUCAUUAAAGCUAGUUUAAUAUGCAUCUUAAAUGUAAAAACAACACAAUGAGCAUUACACUUUCCAGUGUGGAAUUAGUACUAGAUAAAAUUAUUAGAGACGUUGAAAUUGAAGAAAUAAUUACUCCAAUGUAUUUAUAAUUAUAUCAUUCUUCAUUGUAGUUAGAUUUUAUUGACAACCGCGUACUUCGCUUCCCAUUUGAAAAAUAUGAAAGUUAUAGCGUGAUAUGUCUUGUGAUAAAAGUGUGUGCAUGUAAUUCAAAUGCUCAAUGCAAUUUCAAUAAUUGGAUACAUGUAGUUUUAUUUCAAGUGUGUCAGAAUUUAGAGUGACUUUUUUCUUUAUUUAAGUAAACUAGGAUUUUGCGGAUUGUUAACAGCAAAAAAAGUCAAUGUAUCGGAAUGCAUUUGAAGAAUGUAUGUCCACAAUGCAUGAGAAUGGGUCCUAUUUGUAUAAAGUGAGCAUUCAAAGUCAGUGGAUGUGUAGAUAGUCGGCAAAUUAGACGAUAUUUUUAAAGUUUAUUUCCACACCUUUCUGCAGGCAUUUUCACUUCGACUUUUGGUUACACAAUCGACCUAAUUGUAAGGCCUUAAUAUGAGAUACAAAAGACAUUUUAUAGACAUUUUGAAAGAUUUUCAUGUGAUAUGUAUUCUCAUUGAUAAGACAAUACUAACGUGAACAAUUGCACUUGACAUCUGCGAUAAAUAAUAAAAGCAACUGAUGUACUCAGA